GAUCUUUGUUUUUUUCUUGCAGAAAUCUGAAAAAGCGUAACGGGAGUUGAAAUCUUUAAGAUCAGAGUGAAAAAAAAAACAAACUUGAAUCUCUUAAGAAUGGGAGAUGAGCCCAAGGUUUAGAGAGAAAUGGGAUUUCAGAAGGCAAGAGAACAACUUUGAUGAUUCUUCAAGCGAUGAUCCAGAUUCGACCUCGACCCAGGACCCACUUAUUCAUAACCCAAACCUUGUCCUUGAUUCGAAUCAGAUCGAUAGUGGAGCAAAAACUGUGACGAAACCUGAACAAAAACAACCUGUGAAAACCCGGAAGAGGAUGACCCGCAAGAAAGAUGAGAGUAAACCUGAGAAAGCUAAGCAAGUAAGGAGAAGGAAACCAAAGACUGUUUGUGCAGAGGAUACUAAGAAGAAAGAGGAAACGGUAUUGGAGAAGGAAGAUGAUAUUGGAAUGUUCAUGAAGACGUUGCUCGAUGAUCUCACGGCUUCUAGAGAGAGCUUAAUGGAUUGGAUGAAGACCGAAUUGCAUGGAUCAUCUGAUCAAAAUGUUAUGUCCCGGCCGCCUCCAAAGAAGAGAGCGGUUGCUUCUGUAGCAGCGCAGAGAUCGGUGAAGAAGAGGGGGCCGAAGAAGAAGGAGAGUGAAAAACAGAGCAAACCGGAAGAGUUAUGUCAAGCGAUGAACAAACCUAUAGUAGAGAGUUCAGAGAUUGCGCAGAACGGUGGAAGUCAAGUUCAAGAACUUGAUUAUAAUGCUGGACCGUUGGAAAUGUUUCUCAAGAGCGGUCAAGGUAGUUUAGACGGAAACUACUAUCAGCAACAAGAACAAGUUCAAAGAGGGAUUGUUGCACAAACCGAGAUGGUGAAUGAGAAGAAUGCGACAGUGACGAAUCCGAAGAGCGUUGUUUUGGCCAUACAAGCUCCACAGUUGAGUCAGAAACAAAAGAAGACGAGAGAUGCUAACACCAUCAAAAACAGAUCAUCUAUGACAGGAUCCGAAACGCAGAAGAAAGGUGAUAACUUUGUGACACCCUCGGCGCAAAAGCUGUCUCCAUCGCCAUCGUUGCAGAGUUUUCCAGUGGGUUCUUCAUCGUUGAACUCGUUCUUUCCUUCUUCAAGUCAAGGGACUACGUCUUUUGCAAGUGACAACAACUUUCAGCUGAGACAACCACCAGUUAAUCCGAUCCAUGAUCUUUCUGAUCUUCAGACAGGAUUCACGGGAGGACAAGGAUUUGGGAAUUCUCUGUUACACAACAACGGUUACUUCUCUGGUUUUCCAGCUGCUUUCCAGCCUAAUCUAAUCGGUAGCAGUUAUAAUUUUCCGACACAAGUGAAUCCUGCAACUUCUUCACAGCAGAGAGACAAUAACAAUAUGUUCGGAGGUCUGAGAAUGGCCGGUGAAGCCAUAAGUUUUUCCGGUGGCAGGUUUCCCGAAUCCGAAGUCGGAGACAGUAAUAACGGCUUCUCAGAUCACAGAACUAGCUCUGGUAGAUAAAAUGCCUGUUCCAGAGUCAUGUGCUUCUCUCUGCAGGGUAUGGAUUUACUAAGGUUAAGAUUUGAGAUAUGAGUAACUCUGGUAAAGGUCUUGUUACUAGAUAAGCAAAUAUCAUUCACAUAUUCAUGCUUCUUUAAGAAAACGUAAGUCGGUAACUAGUUUUUGGUUAGAUUCGAAUUGAUCUAACUCGUGAUCACCUCUAACAAAGCUUGAAACUGGCUCAUUAAAUCGAUACUCCACGACUAGGACUUUGCCAAACCUCGAUACACUGUUGAUCCUUUCGAAUCACAAACAUUCUGUUCCCUCCAAACGCC